AUGAAAGAUGCUAACCUGAGGCUACUGUCUGAACACAAUAUAAUUACUUCAUACGUUUAUCCAACUGUACGAUUUUUGGUUGGUCAUGAUGCUAUGACAGUGCCAUAUUGCGCGAACUUUUUGGUCGACAAUGAGGAUGCUGUUUUUGACAAACAACCGGAUUACAUUACCAACAUUUAUGAUCACUAUGAAUUCUCUCAUUCAACGGUUUCUAAUAAAAGCAAAAUUGAAAACGCUUUGGAUCUUAGCAAAAUUAUCGGCUUUUACCGGCUCGCGCUGUUUGGAAAACAGGCAUUGGAAAAACAUCGCUUGAAUGGGGAUAUUUUGUUCCAAAGCACUGGCAAAUAUUAAAGAAUCACAUCGCU